CAUACAUGGUGCAAGAGCAAUCAUGUGCCAUAAUAUACAUGAUAACACAAGGUGACACAAAUACUUCAAUUUCUUAUUAUCACACAUCAAAAGUAGAAAAUCCCUAGGUGGAAAAACCACCGUUAACUUUACGUUCAAUCCCUGCAUACGACAUCAUCAUGUGUUCUAAAUCUGCGGCAUUUUAUUUUUGUCUUACUUGUCUGUUGGCGCCAAGUCUUUUGUUACAGGCAACAGGUUUUUACUCGCCAUAUUGGAUCAAACAUAAUUCAACAUCAGACUGCUUCCGGGGAAUCAUUUUAUCGGUGAAUUGUAAUGAAACAAUAGAAGCGGGACUUGGUACCACAGCUAUUUGCCUUGAGAUUACGGCGUUCCUUAUUAUUGCACUUACAACAGGGGUCAUCAUGUAUUCCAUUUGUUGUAAUAAAGACGGCCUUUAUAAUGCAGGGUGUUGUACAAAAUGUGGAGUGGGUGUAUUAUGUUUAUAUCCUGCCGCAGGAAUAAUUGGCUUUGCUGGGUGUAUGCUUGUUGCCAGCAACUACAGAGACCACGAGAAGGGCUGGAGCUUUUAUAUCUCCCUUGCAGCAUCAUGUUACGUGAUGCUUUUGAGCUUAGUCUUCUGCUGUGCAAUAUACAGAUAUGCUAAGAAAGAAAAAGGCACAUAUAAUAAGGACGGAAAUGUAAAUAGAAGCUACGUUGGCAAUGAAGUUGCCCAAUAUGAUGAAUCUAGAGGCAGUCAGGAUAACAGCGCUAUGGCAUCUUCAGGAGAUGGGGGUCUUGUUUUUAGUCAUGUGCAUGAGGAAUACAAUGUUGAAAUUAGCAACAGAGGGAGCAUUAUGAUAAGCACGCUACAGAUCGCAAGGAUGUUCCAUAUGAAAUGAAUGCUGUUUCCAGUCGAUUAUGGUGUCUGUGUAAAAUUUACUUUAAAAAUGUAGAUUAAAAUUUUAAUAAUCUUUACUCUUAGAAAUCAGGAUAACAGCGCUAUGGCAUCUUCAGGAGAUGGGGGUCUUGUUUUUAGUCAUGUGCAUGAGGAAUACAAUGUUGAAAUUAGCAUCAGAGGGAGCAUUAUGAUUAGCACGCUACAGAUCGCAAGGAUGUUCCAUAUGAAAUGAAUGCUGUUUCCAGUCGAUUAUGGUGUCUGUGUAAAAUUAACUUUAUAAAUGUAAAUUAAAAUUUUAACAAUCUUUACUCUUAGAAAUUCAUCUUUUAUGUAUAUAUUUGAACAUGACUGUUCUGGAAUACUUUCAGUGAGAAAAAAGUUAGGGGAAUAACUAUGAUUAUAUAUUUUGUCCAAAUGUUAAGCUUGAAAGUGAAAGUACAUUGCAAAUGGCGGAUUCUAUAGGGGUUUUAUCUUUAUACAUGUUAUGGUUUCAAGAACAGCUUUUCAGAGACCAUUAACGUCCAACUUGCCCUUCAAUGAUAAACAUAUAUUAUUUCUACAAUGUUGCUUUUCAUAAAAAGGACAGAUUUAUCUGGUGUAUCUUUCUUUCUUUAA